UGGGACUUUAUGUAAACCCAACAUGGCGGCCCUCUGCACCAGAACACUGGGUAAGGUCGGCUGGUCCCUGCUGGAGUCUCCGGGGGUCCGCCGGCCCGGCACCGUCUCCUCUCUGGCGGGGAACUUGAGCUCAUUCGGGUCCCGGAGGUCGUUCGGUACCGGCGGCUCCGGGUUCCGGUCCAAGCUGCUCUCCCUGCGGGGAGCAGGAGGCAGAGCGCUGGGCUGCGCCUUCCUGCUCGGUGGAGGUCUGGGUCUCUAUCAGUCUGUGAAGAUGUCUGUCCAACAACACCUGGCCCAGGGGGACACCAAGGCUCCAGCUGCAGGUCUGAAGUUGACUCUGUACCAGUACAAGACGUGUCCCUUCUGCAGCAAGGUGCGAGCGUUCCUCGACUUCUACGGGCUGCCGUACGAGAUCGUGGAGGUGAACCCGGUGAUGAGGAAGGAGCUGAAGUGGUCGACCUACAGGAAGGUGCCCAUCCUGAUGGUGGCGGAUGACGUGCAACUGAACGACUCGUCCGUCAUCAUCAGCUCCAUCAGGACGUAUUUAAUCAGCCAGGACAAAAGUAUAUCUGACAUCCUUCGCUGUUACCCGGAGAUGAAGUCGGUGAACGACAGCGGAAAGGAGGUGACGGAGUACCUCAACAAGUACUGGCUGAUGCUGGGCGAAGCUGAGAUCACCGACAUUUACCCUGAGAAGGGGAUGCAGAAAGAGGAGAUGAAGUGGCGCCAGUGGGCUGACGAUUGGCUCGUGCACCUCAUCUCUCCGAAUGUGUACCGAACCACCGGCGAGGCCCUGGCCUCCUUCGACUACAUCGUGCGCGAGGGCAAGUUUGGCAAUUUUGAAGGUUUCUUUGCCAAAUACGUCGGCGCUGCGGCCAUGUUCCUCAUCGCCAAGAGGCUGAAGAGUCGACACAACCUGCAGGACGACGUCCGGCAGGAUCUGUACAAGGCCGUCAACGACUGGGUGGCGGCCAUCGGCAAGAAGAGGAAGUUCAUGGGUGGAGAUCAUCCCAACCUGGCAGACCUGGCGGUGUUCGGCGUCCUCAGAGUGAUGGAGGGCCUGCAGGCGUUUGACGACAUGAUGAAGAACACCAAAGUCAAACACUGGUACAGACACAUGGAGAGAGAGACGCUCAACCACGGGGGUCGAAACUGAAGCUGAGACGCCGAGGCGGCUUCCAGCCUCUUUAACAAAAACAAAAUGAACGUUGACCAGCGUCCCGGGAGUGACGAGUCCUGCUUCAGCUGCGUGAGAGAGCGGUCGCUGCCGCCUUUUACCAUUUCCUGCUCGACACACGCGAAUUUAAACCUGAUGAUUUGUAAGAAGGAGUAGAUAAAGACAUCACACCUGAGAAAUCUGUGUCAUCACAUGUUUAAUUUGAGACGGAACCAUUGUUCACUUAAGGACAUCUGUGACCUCUAGUGGUGAACGGUUGGAACUGCCACGUUAAGAAACCUAUUUCUGCUAUUUGAAGGCACUUAACGAACACAAUGAAGUCAGAUUACACGUGAAGGAGUGAGUCAAUUAUAUUUCUGAGGAAGAAACUGAUGAUGAAAUGAUUUUUACGUUUCCAGGCCUUGAUUGGUUUCUGAAAAAAAUCGAUUUGCUCCUGAUGUGAUUUGGGAACCGUUUGUUUUUUUCCCCUCGUAAUAUUUAUGGAACAAAACAUCUCUCUGCCGCACAAAUCCAUUUUCAUUUCUCCAGAUUUUCCUCGUCAUAAACAUUAACUCUCAAACUCUUCUGAAAAGAAGAGUUGAAAACUGUUCGUCCUCAUUAAGAGAAGCUCAGUCUGAGGAAACGUUUAAAAAGACGACCAUUAGGAAUUUUGUUUUCAGUUCGAGCUCAAUCGAUUUUAAUUAUAAAACUGAUUUUUCUGAUUUUCUUCUUUGUUCAGUAGUUUUGUCGUCUCCCUGUAUUUAUUUCAGAUGAUUUCUUUAGUCUGUGGAACUGACACAGGAUCAGUCUGGCAGUGAGGAAUCAAUAGGCUGAGCUUCUCUGUGGUGACCUGGUAGUUUGAAUGUCUUCACUUUGCAAACGUGUCGGCUGCAGAUUCACGUCUGAUUGAACAAUUAAGACCAACUCAGUGUGCAGAGCUGGAAAAAGAUACAAUAAUAAAAAAGGAAAGCUGGG